GUUUGUUUGAUAAAUUCUACAACUCUGUUUUUUAUUUGUUUACAUUGCAUCUGUGGGGUUAGUCGGGCGAUUAAUUUGUUGAUAUUUUAAAUAAAAUAUAUACAAUUUGACUAUGGAAAGUUGUUUACUAUGUUUGGAAAUAAACAAGGAGCUUGCCGACUGCAUAAGUAUAAUUUCAAAUGGAAAACAGGAACUGGAUAUUAAAAAUAUCGUAGAGAAACAUUUAUGGACUAUGAACCAUAUGGAGACCCAAUCCUGGUUAUGUGCCCCUUGCUGGAGAGAGUUGUAUGAAUUUCAUAAAUUUUAUUUGCGCAUAGAAGAAGCUCACAAAGAAUUUGGCUUGCUGGUGAGAAAUGUCGAAGAAAAUGAAGUUCUACUAAAGAAGACUGCAGCCGAAUUGGAAGAAAAUCCUAUAGACGAAUUAAAGAAUUUUUUGAAUGAGUAUAAUUUGAGCGAUAAUCAUUUAGAAGAAGGCAGCAUAUUAAUAGAGGAACAAAAAACAUUAUUAAAAGAUGUAUUGAACGAAGAGCAAGAGCAAACUAACUAUGAUAUGACCUUACUGCAACGGCGUCGAAGAGGUCGUCCUCGUAAAGGGGAAGGUAAAGGGGUUAAGGUAACUAAAGCCAAAACAAACAAAUGUAAGCAACGUAAUAUCAAAGCGGUUUCUAAUGGUAGUGAUCCCUUAAAUAAAACUAAUGAAAUUGAUACCAACCUCACCACCUGCGAAAUUAAACAAGAAUCGCAAGUGCUAACUUUAGGAGAUGAAAGUAAUAAUUCUCUUGAUAACAAUGAUUACGAAAACAGUUUCAAUGACGAUAGCGACGAUAGGGAAUCGUUAGAGCAUAAUGAUAUUAAAUCUAAUCAUUCUGAUGCACCAAAAACGAAACGCAAUGAAAGAGACAAAUUCCUAGAGGAAAAUUUCAAAAUCACCUGUUUUCUGUGCAGUAUUCCAAUGAAAUCCUUCUUUGCUAUGUGCAAACAUUUCGAGGAAAAACACGAUGAACGAGGUCAUGUCAAAUGUUGUAAUAAGAAAUUCUAUAGACGUAGUGUUCUUGUCGAUCAUGUGCAUCGUCAUUUGGAUCCCAACUACUUUAAGUGUAAUCAAUGCGGUAAGGUCUUGGCUGAUAGACGUUGUCUGGAGUUGCAUGUUGAAAUGCAUGAAGGUAAUGCGGAGAAGAAUCAUUGUUGUGAUAUUUGUGGAAAAGGUUUUGCUAAAAUUGGUGUUUUAAAAAAACAUAGAAUGAUACAUUUGUCGGAUGAAGAGAAACGUUUUCCUUGCUCCGAAUGUGGCAAAAAUUUCGGCACAAAUUAUUUACUUUCCAGUCAUUAUCGUUCAGUUCACCUAAAGAAAUAUGUAAAAAUAUGUGAUAUUUGCGGAAAAUCUAUACGCUGUAAAGAUGUUUUCGAACGUCAUAUGUUGCAACAUGAAGGAAAAAGUGCUCCUACGGUAAGCUGUGACGUAUGCGGUUUACGUUUGACUGAUAAUAAAGCCUUAAAACGCCAUAAAGAUAUGAUACAUCCGGUGGGUGGAAAACAGGAAUAUACUUGUUCAAUAUGUUCGAAAAUAUCACCAAAUUUGAAGGCCCACAAACGUCAUGUACAGUACAAACACGUCAUGGGAUAUGAUCACAAGUGUACGAUAUGUGAAAAGGCUUUUAAACGAGCUCAAACUUUAAGGGAACAUAUGGCUUCACAUACAGGUACGAUUCUAUAUACCUGCCCAUGGUGUCCGAAAACUUUCAAUUCUAAUGCCAAUAUGCAUAAUCAUCGUAAGAGAGUACACCCCAAGGAAUGGGAGGAAACAUCGAGAGAGAGAUAUUCUGGAAAUUUGCCACCUAAUUUUAAACCUCCAACAAUAACCCAACCUCCAGAUUUUAAUGUGCCAAUAGAUAUAAGAAAAAACAACAUGGUGGUUAAAUGCCUGUUAUGCUUAGAGUAUCCUACGAUACCGGGUCCAAAAUUUUUAGAAAUAUUUGGAGAGGAAGGUUUACGUCUAGAUAUAAGUGCGAUUAUUAAUAAAUAUUUUUGGCUGAAGACAAACAGGAACUGUGAAGAUGUACAAAAAAUAUGUAUGACAUGUUGGGAAGUGGUAAGAGAUUUUCAUAUACUCUAUCAGAGAGUAGAGGAAGUUCAUAAACAUAUAGCAGUCAAGACUAUAGUAUUGGACGAUCCACUACCUCAGGAUGUUAUGCUCAAGUCCGAAGAUGAUCCUUCUAUGGCCCAAGAUCCCAUUAUGGAAGAUAAUGGCAUGGGUGAUUCCAUAUUUGAUCCGGAAGUUAAGGUUGAGGUACAUGAUUUGGAUUUGUUGCCACAAAUAGAAAUAUUAGAGACUGCUAAUGUAUCAGAGAGAAGUGCCAGAUCGAGUCGUCGUGGUCGUUCUGCUCGGGAUCAAAGUCCCAAGGUCUCGACAAAACGUAUUAAGAAAGAACAAUCUCCUGCAGCUGAUGCCACUGAUGUUUUUGCUUCAAAUGAAAAUCUCAAUAAAGAAGGUUUAAACGAAUCCAGCUCGUUGGAGGACCUAAACUAUACUCUAUUAUCCAAUUCAAUGGAUAAAUCAGAUAAGGAAGAAAGCAGCAAUAAAAGAAGAGGUAGACCCCGUAAAACGGAUAAUGAAAAAGCUAAAGCUACCACACCACGUACCAAACGCUCAAAGAAACAACAGCAGGCCUCAGAUGCGGCUAUAAAGAGCGAACAAGAUGUGGAAGAUCAACCUUCCUGUUCUACAGCACAACAAACGGGUAACGCUGAUGCAGCAGAGCCAAAAAUCAAAACAGAAAAUCCCACAGAUGAACAAAACUAUGAUAGCUUUGCCAUAGCCGCUGAAAAUUUCGAAGAUGAUGAUGCCUAUGCACAAGAUGAUUAUGAUGAUGAUAAUGAUAAUAACUACAAUAAGGACUCGGAAGAAUCCUCUCACUCAGAGCUAGAAUCUGAUGCUUCGAAUGACUCUGACUGGGGCGAAAGUCAAAACAAGAAAAAGGAAAAGUUUGCUGUUAUUAUGAAAAAAGAACGCAAUGUUCCCAAGAAAUAUAAGAAACGUGAAAAACCUUUGGUAGAACCAAAACGCAUGAGUCGAGAAGAAAUUGAGGCCCGUCAAGCCCAACAGGCCGAAUAUGAUUCCAUAAUAACGAAAUUCUUUGAAAAAAUACGCUGUCCUAAAUGUGAACUUCUGGUCCAUACGUUCGGAGAAAUGCGUGCUCAUUUCCGCUUGGAUCAUAAUGACGAUCAUGGCUUUGUCGAAUGUUGUGGUCGUCGUUUUGCCACACGCAAAUUUCUCGCCGAACACAUAUUGGUUCAUUACAAUCCCGAACAUUUCAAGUGCAAGACAUGUGAUAAAGUCUGUCGUGAUUCUACGCAACUGGAGAGUCACGAACAAACUCACCUGCCCAAUCCACCUGCAUCGAAAUACAAGAAAACGUUCCAGUGUGAAAAAUGCUCGAAAACAUUUUCCUCUAAAGCUUCAUUUGAACAUCACAUGGUGGCGAAACAUGUACCACGAGAAGAAUUCAAAUUUGAAUGUCCCGAGUGCAAGAAAAAAUGUCCAACUGAAACAAAACUCAAAGAUCACAUGCGCAGUGUACACGAUCCACAGAGAACGGUGAUCUGUGAUAAAUGUGGCAAAACAUUUAAAAGUACCUACAGUCUUAAAAAACAUCACGAACUGGAACAUUCGGAUGUACCAAAACCAGCACCCAUUCCUCAACAAUGUGAAAUAUGUGGUGCUUGGCUACGGCACUUGUCAGGUCUUAAACAACACAUGAAAAAUAUACACGAAGGCGUGCAGACAGAACAUCGUUGUCAUAUUUGCAAUAAAGUCUCUUCAACGGCACGAGCUCUAAAAAGACACAUUUAUCAUAAUCAUGAGUGUAUAAGAAAAUUCCAGUGUACAAUGUGUGAUAAGGCAUUUAAAAGGGCACAGGACUUAAGGGAGCAUACAUCUGUUCAUACAGGCGAGGUGUUGUAUACUUGCCCCAAUUGUCCCAUGACUUUCUUUUCGAAUGCUAAUAUGUACAAACAUCGACAACGUCUGCAUCGGGCCGAAUGGGAGGCAGAUCGUAGUAAACCUAUACCACCAAAUAUUAUGAAACAAGCUAAACAGGGUAGUAAAUUUGUUAAAACAAAACGUGCACCCGGCGAAACUACACCCUCCCAUUUGGUAACACCAUUACCCAUUAUACCACCUUCAACGGUUAUAAAUCCUCAAAUAUUAUAUGCCAACAUGACGUUACAUUGAGUAGAAUUAUACAGAAACAAACAAUUGAACCGGACAUGCACACUAUGACACUUACUUUACAUUACACAUUGCAUACAUACAUAUGUUAAAACGAAUGUAAUUAUUAUUUAUAAAUAUUUUAAUUUAAAUACUAAUUUUUCGUUUUUAAUAUUCAUAAUCAUAUGAUAAAAUAAAUUAUUUCAUUUAUUUAA